AUGUACCCGAAUUAUGAUCAAGGAAUCAAUCAACGUCAUCAAGUAGUUUUAGUUGAGUGUGACAUUGAUGAGGCAGAUAGAUGGAUUCAGGAUCCAAGGAAUUGUUCACACUUCCUUGACGGUCAGGCACGACGUCCUAGCUGUAAAAGUGGUAGCUCCUCGAGCAUCAUGAAUCGACAUGCAUUGGAAAUGCUACGGAUUCUCAAAUGUAUUCCUCCUCAGCACUCCUUUGCCUGCGACCAGCACAUUGGAUUUUUUGAGGUUUCUAAACGAUCUUCCAUAGCUCAAACAAAAGCUACACAAACGAAAGAUUUGAGGAAGAAGGAGUCAUCUAGAAAUGUCCGCGUGCAACACAAAUCAGACGGUCAGAAAAAGUACGCCACUUCUAACGUGUCAUGUGGGGUGAUGUUAAAUCAGCCAGCACCACCGAUGCAAUGUUCUCGAGGACCUUCAACUUGGAAGACGUCUAAGAAGAUGCCCUCCAUGUGUCAAAAUUUUAUCACUGUUGUUACGCAAUCCACAAACAGCACCACAAGAAGAUCCUCACACAACGGAGGCACACUGAUUAACAACACUGUGACACACACAUUACCCAUCCGCUCUAUUUUGAAAGAGAGGUCCGAAACGGACUUGUCAUUGCCGAGCAGACAGAGAAAGGGAAAAAUGGGACACACUAUCGAUUAUACAUACUACUUGAACAGAUGCUAUUCUGAGGUUACUAACGUGUACAAGGAGCACUACAGCAAAAUUGAAUAUUGUACUCCUAUCGUUCAGUGGAAUUGCUGUUCCCUCAAUCGUGUAAAAUUCAUUGUGAAUUACGUGGAGGGUGAACUUUCCAUCCCAAUGUAUAAACUCACUUCAGUCACUUCAAGAAUCGGGGUUGCCCACUUCAGACCAGUAGUAGGUGAUGUGAAAUCCCCAAAAUUGUUCAGAUCAGUAAAAUAUGACCCUCCAAUAACCAAAAUCCCUCCGAGUUCAUCCGUCGUACACAGACCUCCAAACAUACAUAACUUCUCUCUUGUAUACAUUGAAAAUGUGGAUGGGUAUUUCGUUAAAAAAGAACGUCCUUCCUUCAAAGAUGGUAGUGAUAAGUCGGCCUCACUUGGACAGACACCGAUCACUCCUCGCAUCCCACGCCACAAUUCAAGGUACUACAUGUCACCAACUCCAGUCGGCGAAUCAUUACCUCACAGCCAGCCAAUUUGGACUAGCGCGGUACGCAACCUGGCACCUCCAAUGUCAAGAAAGUUUGAAGUGACCUCUUCCGAAGUUCAGACUACCCCAGAAUUACUCGACACUCUCACUGUUGGGUCGAGGAUCCGAGAGGACAAAUCGAAACGCCAUACAAGCAGCAUAUUUAGCCUAAUCCAACGGCGCUUGCAUAAACGCGGACCAAAACGUGGUCGACACAAGUAG